CGACGGACCCCUAUCCCUUAUAAGUUCUCAUGCCGGUCGGUCCCCGAUAGCUCGUCAGUCACUUUGACAGGAAGUAGAGGACACGCAGAGCGCAGCGCAGCGGCAGCCUCGCCGAUCCAGUCGCACGCAUUGCGUAUACACAGCAGGACGAAGCCGGAACCGAUCGGAAUCGAAGAGGUUGAUCGAUCGAGCUCGGGCACUCGGGCGCUUGCCUGCCCUGCACCUGCGCCUCAAGGAGCUAGCUGCUGAUUGGAUCAUUUAAUUCCCGAUCGAGUUCUUCUUCUUCGCCGCCGCCGGGCAGCUUGUUGUUCAUCGAUGGGCGUCGCGUUCGGGUGCUUCGGAUCAGGGUCCAGCGAUGGCGGUGAUCGGCAAGCAUCGCAGGACCCCAAGCCGCUGAUGACGACGACGGCCGCGUCGUCGAGCUUCGACUUCCGCGAGGAGUACACGAGCGCGUUCCGCACCGAGUCCUACAACGACUUCUGGGCGCGCGUGCUGGACAUCACCCUCGCGCACGGCGCGGCGCUGGUGCCGCGCUCCGGCGGCGGCGGCGGCGGCACGGCGUCCAAGCGCCUCCCUUCGUACCGCCUCUUCGCGGAGCACCUCCUGGAGCCGGACCAGCGCGCCGUCCGCGCGGCGCUGGCGUCGCUGCGCAAGGGCGACGUGCGCGGCCUCCUCGGCGCCUACUACGCCGAGACGGCCAACGCGUCCUUCCUCUGCAGCCACCUGCUGAGGGACAUCGAGCAGGUCCGCGUCCGCUACCGCCCGCUCAAGACCACGCUCCGCAAGCUGGCCCGCGACGUCGGCGUGUCAAACCUCGCCGACGUGUCCGCCGCGCUCGGCCAGCCAUUCACGGCGCUGGCCGCGUCGCAGGGCAGGCUGCGCCAGGUGCAGCUCAGCUCCGCCGACCUGCUCAGGAGCCUCGACUCGGGAAGGAAGAAGGCGCGGCUACGGAUCAGGGGCCUCGCGCGCCUCAGGCAGGCCCUCUCGGCGGCGUUCGUCGCGGUCGUCGCCGUCGUGGCCGUCGUCGGCGCGUUCCUCGGCGUGCACAUCCUCGCCGCGUUCGCCGCCUUCCCGAUGAUGUCGCCGGCGCGGGCGCGGCUGGGCCUCUUCUCGGCCCGGACGGAGCGGCGGGCGCUCGUGCAGCUGGAGGCCGCCGCCAAGGGCACCUACAUACUCAACCGGGACAUGGACACCAUCAGCCGCCUCGUUGCGCGGGUGCGCGACGAGGGGGAGCACAUGCUCGCGCUACUGCAGCUCUGCGUCGACCACCGCGCCGCGGACGGCGGCGGCGACAAGGGGAGGCUGGUGCAGGAGGUGCUCAAGCAGCUGUGCAAGAACGAGGAGAGCUUCAGGCAGCAGCUGGACGAGCUGGAGGAGCACCUCUUCCUCUGCUUCAUGACCAUCAACAAGGCCAGGAGCAUGGUCAUGAAGUUCAUAGCUACCCCAGAACAGACUUCCGAUUGAUCAGUCACAGGAAAGAAAAAUUGGAGCUUCUAGGACAGAUUUUAGCACGUGUACAUACCAUGCUGUAGUUUUUAUUUCUCAUCAUCAGUACAGGAAAAAAGAGCAAAAAAAAAAAAACAGGUAGAGAUUUUUUUUAACGCAGGCCAUUGUGCUUUUGUUUGACCUUCUUCCGAAAAAUACAGUAUAGCAUCGCAGCAUUCGAAAGCUAACCUGAUUUAGGGUUUUUACUACACCAACCUGCCUAUAUAGCUAAAACAAAAGCCACUCCAACCAAUUUUUUUGAUGAGCCCAGAAUAGAGCAUCACUUAGCAACCACUGGGGCUCUAGCAAUUCACUAUGCAUUUACAGGAUUUAUGAAUGGCCCUAGUUGGAGUUCUCCGCUAGAGUAUCUCAAAAA